UGUCGGUCAUCUUGUUAAGCACUUUUUCGAUGACCAUUAUAUAUUGCAGAACAUUGGUGAACGUUGGUGAACGGGGAAGCUGCACGGAGGAAACGGGAGCUGGUUGUGUUAGGUUAUCAUGAAGCCAGAUAUGCCUCGCUCGGGACAACCACAGCUCCUCACUUCGCAAUGACUUUUGGAUAGACUGGAUUUAGGGAUUGAAGAUUUCCUUCGAAAGCCAGAAAUAGUGUUUUCGUAGCAAUGGAGAGUAAAACGAGCAACAAUUUUAUAAGUUACGUGGGCUUUGAGGAGCACGAGAUGCAGGUACUCGGUUCCAGUAGGCGGGAUUCCAUGUGCGAAAACAGUGUGAAACUUCUGCCAGGAGAAGUUCAAAUCGCAGAAGCUCAGAGCGUCCUUAUGUUCUCUCCUGUCGGAGACCUGAAACAAGGCACCUGUGGUAUUUUAUCGGUGACAAAUUUUAAGCUAACCUUUGUUACAACCGGUGAUUCCAGUGGAGAGGACGUCAUGCACCAGCAAAAUCAUCUUUACGGUUACAACGACACGUGUUUGUCCAACAUCGAUGAAAUUUAUAUAAUAGUGGGGGAUAAAAAGAAGAAACUCGUUCCUGGCAAUGCAGUGCCGUCCAAAGUUAAAGGAAUCUUCAUAGUUUGUAAGAACUUGAGAACUUGGUCCUUCUCCUUUAAAUUCUCUCCGCUUGGACACGGUAAGAAUUUAUUAACUACUUUGCUGCAUCAUGCCUUCCCUAGCAGACAUCAGCUCUUGUUCGCCUAUGACUACAAAGAGGCUUAUUACAGCAGUAUAGACAAAGGCGUACACUUGUUUAGAGGAAGACUCGACUGGAUAAAUGAGUUGGAUCGAACGUUCCGUAAGAAUGAACAGAUGCGUAAAAGUUGGAGAUUGUCUUUGGCUAACAAGCAAUUUCAACUUUCAACGAGUUUGUCGCAGUACAUAAUUGUGCCAAUGUCAGUAACCGAUAGUCAGCUGACGAAAGCUGCUCGUCACUUCCAAGGCAGCCGACCACCAGUUUGGUCCUGGUCAAAUGAACGAGGAGCUGCUCUGGUAAAAAUGUCUGAACUUCUGCCCAGUGUCGUUGAAAGAACUCAGGAGAAUAUCAUGCUCGAAAACAUUCGCAAGAGCCACCCAUUGAAACUACAACCCAUAGUCAUCGAGUUAAACAAAGAUGUCAAUGUCAAAUCUGUUGCGAUGGGGUUCUCAAAGUUUGUUCACUUAUGUUCACCAGAGAAUAUCAGACAAUUCUGGAUUCAGGACAAUAACUUCUACUCGUUACUGGAGAGUACAAAAUGGCUUAAGCAUGUAUCGUACUGUUUGCAAAAAGCUGUCGAGGCUAGUGAUCAUUUAGACUCGGGUACUUCUGUCAUUAUGCAAGAAGGUGCCGGCAGAGACAUGUGUUGCUUGGUGUCCAGUUUAGUACAGUUAUUACUAGAUCCCUAUUUUCGAACGAUAACAGGCUUUCAAUCACUUGUACAAAAGGAAUGGGUUGCGGCAGGACAUCCAUUCUGUGAUCGCCUAGGACAUAUCGAAAACGCAAAUACAGAGAAGUCUCCGUUCUUCCUAUUAUUCCUGGACUGUGUCUGGCAAUUGUGUCACCAGUUCCCAGCUGAGUUUGAGUUCACGGAAACUUAUCUAACGACUCUUUGGGAUUCGGCUCACGUGUCCAUCUUCGACACCUUCAUAUUCAACUGCGAAAGGGAUCGUACUGUGGCAGCUAUGGAUCCGAACACUCCGUUAGUACUGCGUAGUGUAUGGGACUGGAGGGAACAGUUCAACGACCAAGAUAUUCUGUUGUUCUACAAUCCAUUAUUUAAUCCCCAUUCGCUGAAUGCAGCAGGGAAGUCAGCGAUGAAGCCUCGGUACAGUAUUCCUAACCUCGAACUCUGGACACAGUGUUAUUUUCGGUGGAUACCACCACUUGAAAUACGUAGUGGUGGGUCGAACCACGUGGAACUCUUUGCUCGACUGAUCCAGAACGACAUUAACCGCUUACGAAUGAACGUAAACGGUGGCUGUGCCUCUCCGGUGGACAAAAUCUCCACGUACUUAGUCCAGAUGAACAUCGACAGCUUCUAUCCAUUUAGCAACAAGUCAGGGAACGUAGUAAGUACACCGAUAAUGAACAGCUCGAUACUGAUGACUGAAAGCUUACUGGAUGCUCAGUCCUUUUUGACUGCGCCUGAUUAAGUCCUCCAAUGUUAACUCGACAAUUAGUGUUACGUUAGGAACGGUGUAUACAUGAAGUAGCAUAAGGAGCUCCCACUAGUAAAUGACCUAGGAUAUUUUACUUAUCCAACCCUGCUAUCGACUAACUUGGCAAGGAUACAUUAAGGUUAGAAUGUUUCCAAAAAAACCACAAAGUAGGGGCUUUUUAUGCCACUAAACGAGUGUAUAUUUCCAUCGAUGGCAAAUCUUGUCCUCCGAAUGCUUUCGAAUAACAGCUUAGUAGUGUACCUUGUUAAUUAUUCUUUACUCUCAGUCGUUUCAUUGAAUUGGAUGAUUUUUUUGUAACACUUCCAAGGCCUUCGUUAUAUGCUGCGCAAGUAGAUCGAAAUCAACAGGCAUUUCAUAGUCUGAUGAGGAAAUAUUUGUGCAAAGGAGGACGGGUGUUAGAGAUGUCCUUUACGAUAGCCUUUGUUUUUGUCCAAUGAAUACAGCGAUAUAUAAUUUAUUUAUAUUUAUUUGAAACAAGAGCUUAUCGGUAUAGUGAAAGUCACGAGUUUAAAGAUAAUGAUGUUAUGUAGAAAUAUUUUUCUAAUGACGAAUACAAACUUUAAGGACA